AUGCCGCUGAGUAUUCUUUGGGGCUCCUCUGCACUUCAGUUGAUGCAUCAGAAGGUUGGAUGGAAGAUCGUUACAAUAUGGACCUGCUCAGCAAUUGCACUCGUGGUCACCACGGCCGCAGUCAUUUACUGGUUGUAUGAGUCGACAAGGCUAACCCGCAAGCAGCUGCAACGUCAAGUCAGUUUGAAUAUGGAGCUUCGCUUGGCGCGAACUAUUUGCUACUUUCCGUUUCAAAUUUGCGCGCUCGCAUUUGCAACGUUGGUUUUUCCAUCGACGGCAUACUCCCUGGAAAUGGUGAUGGCGAUUGCAGCCAGCGUCGUUAUGGGGUGUUUAGUACAAUACUAUUUACAAGCGCUCGGAGGAGGAAUCAAAGGAAAUUUGUCCAAGACCUUACUCCAGAAGACUCCAGAAAUGAAAUGGUGGAUGCCCUCUUAUCUUGGAGGAGUGAAUGACAUGCUACCUGGGAUGGGUUUUGUUUACAGCAAACAGCCUCACUCUUUGGCUCUUUCAGACAUUCAUCGAGCGACGAAUCUGGUGGAGAUGUUUAUGUGGAUCUACAUGAUUACAACUGCUGUGCAGGUGGGCUUCAGCGUAUUUCCCAUGCCUGUCUAUCAAAACAAGGAUGGCUGGUGUGUGCAAGAUGAAGCCAUGAGUUCUGGUCUCUCCACGACAAUUCUCAUUCUCCAGAUUCUUUCGACGUUUAUUGGCUCAGCAGGAUUCAGCAUUAUCUCUUCUGCUGCGCAUCACGUGUAUCAGGAGCUAGAUCCUGACAAUGAGUUCCACUUCAAGAGAAAGGGUUCCGUUGGAAGCCUCUAUUUGCAGCUACCGUUGCUGAAGGUCAUUAUUGGUCUACUCCCAAUCCAAACGAAGAAAGUCAGCAUUCCUGUGUCUGUGCAAACGAGCGAGACCCCUCUUGGAGGGGGGAACUUUACGACUAGCUGGACAACCCUGAGUUGCCCCGUCUUCGACAAGAGUGUAUGUACGCCGAUGAUCUUUUGUGGUGUUGUCACUAUCUUCAUGGCAUAUCUCGCAGUCGUGCAAAUGAGGAUUUACUCACCUGAUGAAGUUUUUGAUGAAUACCUCGAAAGUGUCAAGAGCAAGCUUGUCGAACCGCCUUCAGAAUCUUCCUCCGACGAGGAAGUGGAACUUUGCGCGUGA